GAGCAGAGGAUGGGUUGCACUAGCCAGGCCAGGAUAGGGGAAGGGCCUGUGCAAAGGCCCUGAGGUAACUGGGGGAGAGGAAGACAGCAGAGGAAGGUAAAGGAGGCAAGGAAGAAGAGUUGCUUGUGAUGCGAGGGAGGAGCGGGGCCAGGCCAGGUAGAGGUGUGUCGGCUGUGGUCUCUGUCCUAAUCAGAUGAGCAGGGGAGGAGAGCGGUGGCCCGCAGUGGCUUGCAUUAACAGCGAGGGAGCGGAAGGGUUAGGAUGGCUGAAGCCACAGGCCUUAGCGAAUGCUUGGUAGUCAGAGUGAAGGUAGGAGGGGUCCUGGCCUACCCAACUUGGGGGACAGUGAGCCCCCACUGGGCGGAGACAUGGGUGAAUGGUCAGUAAGGGAGGGAGACCACUUGUUGAGUUGGGCAGGUGAGCUUGGGGUGCUGUGGGGUGGAAGCCCUCCCUGGCCUCUAGCCCAGUCCUCCCAGCUCCUUCCCUUCCGUGGCCCUGGUCAUUCCUGCUUCAUGCAGAAGGGCUGCGGUUGUCCAUAUAAUGGCCCCUCUAGGCCUGGUUUCUGCUGCGGAGCUGGCACAGGCAGGGGCUUGGUAAACAGGGAAAAACAGGGAAACUUGUGAAGACAGAGACCUGGACUCCAGGGCUGGAGAUGCAGCCUCGGGGCUGGCAUUGUGACCUGGCCACUCCCUUCCCUCCUUGGCUCUGUGUCCCUUUCUGUGAGAUGCGGGUCAGAAGGGUCCAUGUGUAGAGUCUCUUUCAGCUCCAAGGUUGUACUCUGAUCUAUAAUGGGGGUAUCAGAGAUUUCUGGGUGGAAGCCCCUUCCUGUAACAAACACAGCUGGCCUCCCCAUCCAAGGCCCAUCUCUGCUAUGAAUAAGUGAAUGCUUGUGAGCAAGAAUGCACCAACAGAGGAAGCUGGAGGGCCCCUGCCAGUCCUCUCUGCCGGAUCUGUUCCUCGCUGUCUCCUCUCAGCCAGGAGCUCUCAUGGGCCUAUGGUCAGGAACAGCCAGAGAGGCCUGCAGGGCUGGGGAGGGUGUCGCUGUGGGUGUCUUUUUUCCUGCAGGAGCUCAGCUUCUGGCCAGGGGAGGAGACACUGAAUCCCAUACCAAGCAGGGAGUGGAAAUGCACUGGUCGGACCUGCCUCUCACGCAGUGGAUCCCCUGGCGGCAACCGGAGACCGGUUCUCCUACCCGCAUUCCGCCGAGCUGUGCCCAGGACGCACAGAUGAGAGCGCUCCGCAGACUGAUUCAGGGCAGGAUCCUGCUCCUGACCAUCUGCGCUGCCGGCAUUGGUGGGACUUUUCAGUUUGGCUAUAACCUCUCUAUCAUCAAUGCCCCGACCUCGCACAUUCAGGAAUUCACCAAUGAGACGUGGCAGGCGCGUACUGGAGAGCCACUGCCCGACCACCUAGUCCUACUUAUGUGGUCCCUCAUCGUGUCUCUGUAUCCCCUGGGAGGCCUCUUUGGCGCACUGCUUGCAGGUCCCUUGGCCAUCACGCUGGGAAGGAAGAAGUCCCUCCUGGUGAAUAACAUCUUUGUGGUGUCGGCAGCGAUCCUGUUUGGAUUCAGCCGCAAAGCAGCCUCCUUUGAGAUGAUCAUGCUGGGAAGACUGCUUGUGGGAGUCAAUGCAGGCGUCAGCAUGAACAUCCAGCCCAUGUACCUGGGGGAGAGCGCCCCUAAGGAGCUCCGAGGAGCUGUGGCCAUGAGCUCAGCCAUCUUUACCGCCCUGGGGAUCGUGAUGGGACAGGUGGUCGGACUCAGGGAGCUCCUAGGUGGCCCUCAGGCCUGGCCCCUGCUGCUGGCCAGCUGCCUGGUGCCUGGGGCGCUCCAGCUCGCCUCCCUGCCUCUGCUCCCUGAAAGCCCGCGCUACCUCCUCAUUGACUGUGGAGACACCGAGGCCUGCCUGGCAGCACUACGGCGGCUGCGGGGCUCCAGGGACUUGGCAGGGGAGCUGGAGGAGCUGGAGGAGGAGCGCGCUGCCUGCCAGGGCUGCCGUGCCCGGCGCCCAUGGGAGCUGUUCCAGCAUCGGGCCCUGAGGAGACAGGUGACAAGCCUCGUGGUGCUGGGCAGUGCCAUGGAGCUCUGUGGGAAUGACUCGGUGUACGCCUACGCCUCCUCUGUGUUCCGGAAAGCAGGAGUGCCGGAAGCGAAGAUCCAGUACGCGAUCAUCGGGACUGGGAGCUGCGAGCUGCUCAUGGCGGUUGUUAGUUGUGUGGUAAUCGAGAGGGUGGGUCGGCGCGUGCUGCUCAUCGGCGGGUACAGCCUGAUGACCUGCUGGGGGAGCAUCUUCACUGUGGCCCUGUGCCUGCAGGUAGCUGGGGUGGAUGAGGGCUGGGGGGUCCAGGCCGGGCUGACUUCCACCUCACCCCCACCCCGUCCACGGCAGAGCUCCUUCCCCUGGACACUCUACCUGGCCAUGGCCUGCAUCUUUGCCUUCAUCCUCAGCUUUGGCAUUGGCCCUGCCGGAGUGACGGGGAUCCUGGCCACAGAGCUGUUUGACCAGACGGCCAGGCCUGCUGCCUGCAUGGUCUGCGGGGCGCUCAUGUGGCUCAUGCUCUUCCUGGUCGGCCUGGGAUUUCCGUUCAUCAUGGAGGCCUUGUCCCACUUCCUCUAUGUCCCUUUCCUUGGUGUCUGUGUCUGUGGGGCCAUCUACACUGGCCUGUUCCUUCCUGAGACCAAAGGCAAGACCUUCCAAGAGAUCUCCAGGGAAUUACACAGACUCAACUUCCCCAGGCGGGCCCAGGGCCCCACAUGGAGGAGCCUGGAGGUUAUCCAGUCGACAGAACUCUAGUCCCAAAGGGGUGGCCAGAGCCAAAGCCAGCUACUGUCCUGUCCUCUGCUUCCUGCCAGGGCCCUGGUCCUCACUCCCUCCCGCAUUCCUUUGUUUAAGGAGUGUUUACUGAGCACCCUUUGUGUGCAGACAUAGCUCCAGGUGCCUAGCAAUCAAUGGUGAGAGUGGUGUUCCAGGCUGAAGGUAAUUAACUGACAGAAAAUCAGUAACAACAUAAUUACAGGCUGGUUGUGGCAGCUCAUGACUGUAAUCCCAGCACUUUGGGAGGCCAAGGUGGGAGGAUCAAUUGAGGCCAGAGUUUGAAACCAGCCUAGGUAACAUAGUGAGACCCCCUAUCUCUACAAAACAUUUAAAAAAUUAGCUGGGCAUGGUGGUAUGUGCUAACAGCUCUAGCUACUCAGGAGGCUGAGGCAGCAGGAUCACUGGAGUCCAAGAGUUCAAGGUAGCAGUAAGCUACGAUCACACCAUGCCAGACUGGGUGACAGAGGGAGAUUUCAUCUCUUUAAAACAUAAUAAUUACAGACUCAGGAAAUGCAGUGAAAGAAAAAUACAGGUUGGCCAGGUGAGGUAGCUGAUGCCUGUAAUCCCAGCACUUUGGGAGGCCAAGAUGGGAGGAUUGCUUUGAGACCAGGAGUUUGAGACCAGCCUGGGCCACAUAGUAAGAUCCUGUUUCUACCAAAAAAAAAAAAAAAUUAGCUGGGUGUGGUGGUAUAUGCCUGUGGUCCCAGCUACUCAGGAGGCUGAAAUGGGAGGAUCACUUGAGCCUGGGAGGUCGAGGCUGCAGUGAGUCCUAAUUGAGCCAUUGCACUCCAGCCUGGACAACAGAAAGAGACGAUGUUUCAAAAAAAAAUAAAUACAGGUUGUAGUGGGUAUGGGUAUGCAUACCAGGAAGCCCGCCCUAGUCUGAGAGGGGAGUGGUGAGAAAAGAAUUUUCUGAGGAAUUGAUGUUUUUAAUCAACUUUAUUGAGGUAUAAUUUAUACAUAAUCAACUGCAGCCAUUUUAAGUAUAUAUUUGGCGAGUUUUGAGUUUUAAGUAUAGUUUUGGCGAGUGUAUACACUUGUGAAACACCACUGCAAUCAAGAUGGAACAUUUACCCUGCCCCAAGGCACCCACAUGCCCGUGUGCUAUCAAUAACCACCCCAGCUCCAGACCCGGGGAACCACUGACCUGCUUUCUGCCUCAAUUAGUGAAAUUUGCCUUUUUUCAGAAUCUGAAGUCAUUCCAUACUGUAUGUACACAUUUGUGUCUGGCUUGGCUCCAGAUAAAGUUUUUGGGAAUCAUGUAUGCUGCUGCACGUAUUAGGAGAGACUCCUUUGUAUUGCUGAGUAGUAUUCCCCUCUGUGGCUAGACCAUGAUUUAUUUAUCCAUCUUCCUGUUGGUGAACAUUUUGGCUGUUUCUAAUUCUUGGCCAUCAUGAAUAAAACUGCUGUGAACGUUCCUACAAAAA